AUGUCGCUCCUAGGGACAUUUAACUCCAACGUCACCGGCACCCAAGACGUGCAGGAAUCCCAUGUCGCCCACAUGGAAGCUCGCCGCCAUGACCCCACGGCCAGCGUGAGCACCGAUGACACGGCUAAUGAGAAGAGCGAGGUGGGCAAUGAGGAAUACCGCGAGGCUGAGGUCACCCGCCUGGCCCAGCAACUCACCCGCCAGUCAACACGCUUCUCUGUCUCAACCCACAACGCAGAGAAUCCCUUCAUUGAAACUCACGAGGACUCAACUCUCAACCCUAGCAGUGAAAAUUUCAAGGCCAGAGAUUGGAUGAAGAACCUUCUUGCUAUCCAAUCCCGCGACCCAGAACGAUACCCAAAGCGUCAGGCUGGUCUGUCCUUCAAAAACCUCAGUGUGCACGGGUUUGGCAGUCCCACAGAUUACCAAAAGGAUGUGGCCAACUCCGUUCUGCAAAUUGGUGCCUUGUUCCGCAAGAUGACCGGCACUGGCAAGCAGAAGAUUCAGAUCCUCGACAGCUUCGAUGGUCUCAUUAAGAGCGGCGAGAUGCUGGCUGUUCGACUUUCUUGA